CCCUUCUCUGUUACGCCGGACGAUCCCGAUGUCGGGCCCUCCGGCAGGGUUUUUCCCCCUACCGAACCAGUCGCCCAGCGCCGCGAGCAGAAACCAAGCCUGACGACAAAGGGCGCGCAAAAAAAACCACUGACCAGGGACCUUGAACAUUACCACCCUCUUCGUCCCAGCGUCCCACAUUUACUCGACAACUGGCUGGCCUGAGUUUCUGGCAAUGGCGGAAGAGAGUGGUCCAACGUAUAUGAAGCACCGUGAGAGUCGCAAACCCCUGACGGUGGUGCUGAAGCUAGGCACAAGCUCCAUUGUUGAUGAGGAUACUCACCAACCCCUCUUAUCCAUUCUCAGUCUUAUUGUAGAGACGGCGGUGAAGUUGAGAAAAGAUGGCCAUAGAGUAGUCAUUGUCUCAUCCGGUGCCAUCGGCGUUGGCCUUCUUCGCAUGGAGAUGGACAAGCGGCCGAAGCACCUGUCAACACUGCAGGCGUUAGCGGCAAUCGGCCAAUGCAGGCUCAUCAGUCUAUGGGACGAUUUGUUCGGCCACUUCAGACAACCCGUCGCCCAGAUUCUACUCACUCGGAACGACAUUGCGGAUAGGACGCGGUAUCUCAAUGCCCAGAACACGUUCAACGAGCUUCUUGACCUGGGGGUCAUCCCCAUCGUCAACGAGAACGAUACCCUGGCGGUGUCGGAAAUCAAGUUCGGCGACAACGAUACCCUCUCCGCCAUCGCUGCCGGCAUGGUCCACGCAGACAUGCUGUUCCUCAUGACCGACGUGGAUUGUCUCUACGACAAAAACCCCAGAACCCACCCGGACGCUCAGGCCAUCGAGGUCGUCGAGGACAUCUCCAGUAUCCAGGCGGAUGUCUCAACAGCGGGCUCCUCCCUCGGCACCGGUGGCAUGAUGACCAAGAUCGUCGCCGCGAGACUAGCAACCUCGGCGGGCGUGACGACCGUCAUCACCCGCUCUUCCAACCCGGGCAACAUUGUCAAGAUCGUGCGCUACGUCCAGGCCCAGCAGCGGUCCUCCCCGCGCUUCGACGCCACUGUCCACGAGGGCGACGACCACGACACCGACAACGAGCACCAUCACGACCACGCCGAAGACCCCAUGUCCCAGUCCACCGCCUCCCUGCGCCUCGACCAGUCUGUCGAGAGGCCGCCGCUGCACACCCGCUUCCUCCCUUCCUCGGACCCGAUCCGCGAUCGCCAUUUCUGGCUCAUCCACGGCCUCAAGCCCCACGGCACGUUGUACAUCGACUCCGGCGCCCACAGCGCCUUGUUGCGCAAGGCGGGGCUGCUCCCCGCUGGCGUGCUCGACGUCGAGGGCAACUUUGCGCAGCAGGAGGCCGUCCGGCUCGUCGUCGUCGACCGGCUGCACGGCGCGAGCGCAACCCCGGGCGGCAAGCCAUGGGGCGGCACGCCCAUCGAGGUCGGCCGCGCGCUCGUCAAUUACGCCGCUCCGGAGAUCAUGCGCAUCAAGGGCCACCAGAGCUCGGACAUCGGAGGUCUGCUGGGGUACGCCGACAGCGAGUACGUCGCGGAGAGGCAGCACAUCCGCAUCUUUAGCCGCGAGAGUCGGCCGGUAACGCCGAGCAUCGAGAAGGUCAAGGAGCAGAUUGUCGAGGAGGUGGUUUCGGGGAUCACGGGAUACGAACAGAAGCCGUAAAGUCAAAGAGACAGGGGCGAGAGCGGGGAUGAGGAAGCAGGACGUUGGCAUGCGUGAUGAAUCAGAAAACGGCCUCUUUUCCAUGUUUCGAGGAGCUAAUAGUACCGCGAUACAUGGCAUAAUUGUUGGACCUGCUGGCAUUGUCGGGAACGACCAACACAAGAGCUCUCGUCAACUACGGCACCACUAUAAACCCAUUCGCUGUUCAGUUGCUUCUCAGCCACCAGUGUAUCUGAUAUGUGAUCGAACACGUGC